AUGCCGCCGAGGCUGGCCAAUUCUAACCACCUCCUGACAAGGCUCUCGCCUUCCAUCGCUUGCCCUAAGCCUCCAGCGCAGCGGCAAAAGAUUACUUCUUCAGCAUUGACAUCGCUUACUCGUGAGCCGCAAGUAUCUAUUGUCAAUACGGAGCAAGAUCUCCACCGAUCACCAGGGUCUGAGAUUGACCAAGCUGAACGUCCCUCAAAGUUGGAUCUACAAGAACCAGUGCCGCCUAGGACCGCCAUAAUCACACCAUCCAAAGCAUCUCACAACAAGAACUUCGUCAAAACCUUCAGACAUGAUAUACCCACACCAAUAUUAGCACUUCCGGACGGCCAACAGUCUGUUAGUCGGACUUUAACAACAAGCGAUGCGGAAGUCAAUGCCCCUUGGCCAUCGCCUAGGUUUGAGCAAUCCAACUCCUCGCAAGCCAAAGCAGACGUGGGCUACUUCUCCAAAGGCCCCCGAGUUUCAUCUUCUCCAUAUCAGCCCACAGAAAAGAACGUUUUCAGUGUAGCGAUAGAAAUAACCGCCGCCAAUAACACCAUAUCACCCCAGACCCACGAGAAACUUCCCAUGUCGCGGCAAAGCACGUUCGAGAGUCCUAAGGUCGGGGGGAUUGUCGCCCGAAGACGCCGGAAAAGUAGGCAUGCUACGGAGCAGGAAACAUUGCCACAGAAGCAAGAGACAACUAAGAUCUUCGACUUCGGCGGCAAUUUUGGCGAGAGCGACGAAAGUGAUAUUAGCACUGAUGGGGAGAUCAUUGACGAGAGUAUUGUCGAUGAGGACGAGUGGGUUGGCAGAGGCGCCAAAUUCUGGGAUGAGCUCGUUAAGGAGAGGCGAGGAGUACGUCAAGCCUGA